CACCUUUUCUAUUGAAAUGUUUGGACGGAGGCAAGGCUCAGCGAUUACACAAAUUUCGAAACUUUUGCCAAUAUGUUUCCUAAUAUGUUCACUGGCCAUCGGUUGCACCAAUUCCGAGGUGUAUACGGCGUUGGCAGAGAUGGAGGAACUUCUUGAGACUGAAUCGGUAUUAAUAACCAAUUUAGAGGGUUAUCUCAAAGUGCAACAACAAAAGUUGGACUACCUCAACAGUAAGCUGGGUGAAUACCAAAGAGAACACGAGGACGCAGCCGCGGAUAUGUCCGCCUACGUCUCAAAUCCAAUAAACGCUUACCUGCUGACAAAACGACUGACCACCGACUGGCGACAAGUGGAGAAUUUAAUGGCGCACGAUGUAGGCGUCGAGUUUCUGAAUAACAUCACGAAUUACCGCCACAUACUGAAAUUCCCAUCCGAUGAAGAUUUGAAUGGAGCUGCAGUAGCGUUGAUGCGGCUGCAGGACACCUACAAACUGGACACAUCGAGUGUGGCGCGUGGCAUGCUUAAUGGCAUACAAUACAGCACGGCAAUGUCUUCAGAUGACUGCUUUGAGUUGGGACGCCAAUCGUACGUCAAUCAUGACUACUAUCACACCGUACUCUGGAUGAGUGAGGCAAUGACUCGACUCCAAGAGGAACCUCAGAAUCAAACUCAAACCUUUACGCGGGCCGAUAUUUUGGAAUACCUCGCAUUUUCCACAUAUAAACAAGGUAAUCAAGAAAUCAAGGCGAAUUUAUACAAGGUGGUAGCGACAGCCCAAAAACAAAAACUACACUAACAAACUGUACAAACA